UUGACGUAAUUGAAUUCAAUGCAAUUUUUGUACGAUUCUAAAAAUAUUAUAAAAUAAAUUAAAUAAAAAUCUAUUAUAAAAAUAAAUUUUAAAAAGUAGGGACGACGUUGUUUUUCUGUUUUAAGUCGCCUAUCUUUUGGCAAAAUGUUUUGUCCGAAACUUCGCACGUCGAUUAAACUUAAAAGCGUCAUGGGUUAUGUCAACGAAUUCAAUCACAUGCUGGUAUGCACUAAACAAUCCAAAAAUGAACAUCUGCAACUCAAGUGGCAACCUCCGAUCAGUAAUUUUUGCACGCAAAAGUUGCCAAAGACCUCCAAUAUUUUCGGAGAUAUCUCAGGCAGAAAAUUCGAUCACUUGGAGAUGGAUAAAAGAGAGCAGGAAGAGGAGAAAUUCCAGGAUACCGAAGGAAGUAUUCCACGUCGACUGAAACCUAGUCUAGGACAGUACGCUAAGAUGAUAAAGUCACAUUUAUCUAAGAAGGACCUGAAAUCUGCCCUGAAAGUGCUUGAUUCGGUAAAGGAAAAUCGGGACAAGCCUACAAUGUAUUUGUACAAUCUUCUCUUACAUUCUAUUGCUGACCAGGGCGAUGUAAAACAAUGCUUUCGUCUAUACAAUACGGCAAAGAAACGUGGCUUACAGCCAGACGCAGCAACCUAUACCAGUUUGUUCAACGCAUGCGCUGAGGGGAGGAAUGAGGUAGCUCUGGAACAUUUGAUCAAGUUACGACAAUCGCUUUACGAGCAGCAAUUUCCAUUAAACGAAGCGCAUUACAAUGCUAUGGUGAAAGCGUACAGUUGGAAUAAUCAGAUAGCUGAAGCCUUUAAAUUGGUAGACGAGAUGAGAGACAAAAAUAUUCCUGUUAAAGAGAGUACUUACAAUUCGCUGCUUCACGCAGCGAUUGCGGAUAAGGAGGCCGGCAUGCGACACGCCUUGAUUAUAUGGCAUAUAAUGCGCCUGAAAAAAGUUAAUCCGAGUUUGACGACAUAUAAUCUUUUACUGAGAACGAUGAGAGACACUAGUUUUGGGAGCUUAAAGCUUGACGACGUCCUUGUCUCAGGAUGGCAAAAAGGUAAAAUUGUGUUGAAGGAAGGCGAGAGUCCAGAUUUAUUGAAAUCUCCACCUGUCUUGAAUACGUUACUACCAGCGGAAAAGGAAGUUACGCAAGAACUUACACAAGAUGAUAUAAAUUCGAGAAAACAGAUAGAAUCGAUAAAUUUGAACGAUGUGUUUGUCAAUAAUCGUUUGAUCUUGUUUGGCGGUUUGGAAGGGUUCUUAAAUAGAAUGGCUUAUUACAGAGUGAAACCUGACAUCAAAACUAUUACCUUGCUUCUCGAUUUAAUUCCAAACUCGAGGCAAGCUGAAGAUCUGCUCAUCGAAAUCGCAGACAAAAGAAACGUCGAAUUAGACAUCGAUUUCUUCAAUAUGCUCAUUAAAAGGCGCAGCAUGCGAGCUGAUUAUAAAGGUGCAAAGGCGGUGAUAGACGUGACGGAGAAGAGGAAUCUUUCCCCAAAUGUGAUGACAUUCGGAGUCCUGGCGCUCGGUUGUCAAGAAUGUACAGAGGCUAAAGAAUUUUUAGAAGGAAUGGAGGCUUUUGGCUACAGACCAAAUCGUAUAAUCAUGAGUACUCUCAUCCGCAAAGCCUGCUUUAUGAAAAACUUCGAAUACUUGUUGUUUGUUAUGAGUUAUAUGCUGAAGAAUGGAAUGGAACCAAACCCACAAGCCAUCUCAGACGUGGACCGGUUUUCGAAAGAACUAUCCAACAUAAAAAAACCGACAGGAAAAUACAGAUUACGAAAAUUGAACCGUUUAAAGAAGAAUAUUGAGAAAUUUGAACGCAAGUAUCUAAAGUGGCAAAAGAUGGUAGAAGAUAUGGAUAAAUCAUCGUAGAAUUAAAUGUAUUAUUCCACUAAAGUGUGCAAAUUUGAAAAGAUUUACAUCGUUAUUGAUAUGUUCAUAAAUACAGGGUAUUUCAGACCACCCGUACCACCCAUUUAAAAACUAGAGAAAUGAUUAUUUCAAAAAAGUAAAAACAUUUUCUUUAUAAAUCGGAUGCGCUCUAUCGAAUGGUAAUAUUUUCAACUUCUGGUUCCGGUCGGAAAUAGGCGAUUCAGAUCGGAAG